AUGCAGGAUGGAGGAUGUGAGGUUGCUCCUCCGUCUGGGGAGAAAGAGGAACGAAAGCGUUUUGAGUUGAAGCGUUGGAACGCUGUGGCUCUCUGGUCUUGGGACAUUCAGGUGGAAACGUGUGCCAUUUGCCGUAAUCACGUCAUGGACCUCUGUAUCGAAUGCCAGGCCAAUCAAGGUGCUGCUCCGACAGACUGCAACGUUGCAUGGGGAACGUGUAACCAUGCUUUUCAUACACACUGCAUAUCUCGGUGGUUAAAAACACGAAAUGUGUGCCCUCUUGAUAACAAAGAGUGGUCUUAUCAAAAAAUAGGAGAGUAG